CAAGAGAUGUCUGGCAACAACUGCACUGCUGUGACUGAUUUCAUUCUUUUAGGGCUAACGGAUGAGCCAAUGCUUUGUGUCAUCCUCUUUGUGAUAUUUCUGGCUGUCUAUACUGUCACUUUACUUGGAAACCUUAGUAUAAUCGUAUUGAUCAGAAAGAGUUCCCAACUUCACACUCCAAUGUAUCUUUUCCUUAGUCACUUGGCUUUUGUGGACUCUGCAUAUUCCUCCUCUGUCACACCUGUUAUGCUCAAGAGCUUCCUUGUGGAAAAAACCAUAAUUCCUCUGGAAGGCUGUGUGACCCAGAUGUUUUGUGCAGCCAACUUUGGGACAGCUGAAUAUUUCCUGCUUGCUGUAAUGGCCUAUGAUCGAUAUAUGGCCAUCUGUAACCCCCUACUCUACUCCACCAAUAUGUCUCCAAAAGUAUGCACUCUGUUACUAAUCUCAUCCUACCUGAGUAGCUGUAUAAAUGCUAGCAUCUUUACUGGUUGCUUAUUGAUUAGGUCCUUCUGUGGACCCAACAAGAUUAAUCACUUUUUCUGUGAUUAUUCACCACUUUUGAAGCUUUCCUACUCCCAAGAUAAUCUCGCUGAAAUUAUUCCUUCUGCUUUUGCUGGGUCAAUAAUUAUGAUCACAGUACUAGUUAUCAUAAUCUCUUAUGUAUACAUCCUCUUUUCUGUCCUGAAGAUAAAAUCCUCUGAAGGGAGAUCCAAAGCUUUUUCAACUUGCACUUCCCACCUCACAGCAGUCACUCUCUUUUAUGGGACCACUACAUUCAUUUAUGUUAUGCCUAAGUCGAGCUACUCAGAAGAUGAGAAUAAAGUGGUGUCAGUUUUCUACAUUGUAUUGAUCCCCAUGUUGAACCCCCUGAUCUACAGUCUGAGAAACAAUGAAGUAAAAGGGGCCCUGAGAAAACUGAUAAAUAGGAAACAUCUUUUUUAA